AAUGUUAUUCGUUUGAUACCUAUGAACACCACUUACUACUUUGUGUAUCAUAAUGCAAAAUUAUCUGGUUUAUAGCUUUUAAAAUAGGCUAUUAUAGUUUUUUUAAAAGGUGUUUACAUCAAGGAUAGACAUAAGUAAUAAGUGAAUUGAAAGUUUCCAUUUAUUUAUCGUAAAGUGGCCCUAACAAAGAAGGAAUAACAUAAAUUACAUCCUAUGAGGAAUCUUGUUGCAUAGGACAACUUAGUUGUGGCAUAAAUUGCUUGUGAAAGAUGAGCGAGUCAUCUAUAAUUUUCCAAUUUUUUUUUUGAAGGCCAUGAAUUUUUCGUUCUUCUCCGUAAUGAUAUAAUUUUCCCUUCCAAGUAAGUAUGCCCCAAGCGACCGCGCGAUUGUUAGCCAGUCCCUAAAUAUAUGAAAAUAGUAGUUGAAGUAGGUGUUGAAAAGGAGUACCAGAAAAAAGUAAGUAAGCGUGUCAGUGACAAUUGGGAGUGAGUAAGGAUUUUACCUGACUGAAAAGGAGGAAUUGGGACUAUAGCUUUUUGAGGGUGAGCGCUAGCGUGCAAGUGACGUACUCUUCUUUUUGGUUUGACACGUGUGAUAAGCCAAUAGCAUUCUGGGCUAGAAGGAUCGGAGCAGUGCUUCUGCCAGCUUUUUCGGGCGAUGGAUUUGCCGAUUCCGUAAUUUUUGUAUUUGAAUAGGAGGUCGACGCCUUUCAAGGGUCGUUUAAUUUGUGUUUCGAUCUUGAAGGGCGUUGCAAGUUUCUGAAUGUGGUGUGGGACAGAAUGCAUGUCUAGAGAGAGAAGAAGAAGUAGAUGGUGGUGGGCGGAGUAAGUGUAGAAGCGAGAAUGUUGAACGGCAUUGAUGAGAUGUUUUCGAGUUACAACGAAGAGAGGAAAAAAAGUGAAUACAAGAAGUAUGUGCGAGGGCUAUGCGUAUUUAUGUGUACGAAAGGAGAAAGUACGGAUGUAUAUCAAAAUAUGCAUACUGCCUCAUGCACGAGAGAUAGGGGAUAGUAGACAUGCUAGAAGACAUGAUGUUUAGAAGUUUAGUCGAAUAGUUGAAGAGGGGAUAGAGUACUGGAGAAAGUGAAGAUAGCGGAUAAAUUGUUUUUUUGCGAAAAAUUGGAACAUGGUUUAUUUACAUUUUUUGGCUUACAGAUAAGAGUGUUAGAUUAGUGUUUGAAACGACAAAAUGAUGGAUGCUGGACUAGAAGAGGCAAAAGAGUUUUAUACAGGAGAAUUCAACAGUUAUGCUAAAGGUAACUCGAAUAACCAUUUUGGGGAUGAUGAUAGAAGAUAACCAUGUGGUAGUGAAGAGAAGAAUUGUUGCUGAUAAGAGAGAUAUAUAUUGUUGUAUUUUUAGGUGGCAAGAUCACAAACACGAGCCAAUUAUCAAAAUUGAUGCGCGCUUUAGGACAGAAUUACACAAGCGCAGAGUUAAAUACAAUUAUGAAAAAUGGACCAAUAACACUUCAAGGGUUCUUGGAUAUAAUGACGAAUAAGACGGUACACAAAGAUACAACUGAAACAGUGAUGGAGGCACUGAAGGUUUACGAUCAGAAUGGGAGUGGAAAGUUGGAUACGUCGACACUGAGGUUCAUAUUUUUGUGUCAGGGCGACAGACUAGACAAUGAACAGAUGAACAGCGUUAUGUCAAUGCUGCCAAUUCGAAAUGGUAUUUUCGACUAUCAGGAAUAUCUUCGAACGCACCCUGCAUAAAUAGGUAAAAAUGAGAGGGGAAGAGAGCCCGUUUGGAGAAGACGGAAUGCACAUGUAUCUCAUAUGUCUAUACCUAUGCGUUGGUGGGUAAGGGCGUACUGGGUGUACGCGCGCGUUUUUUACAUGUGAAUGCAUAGGGUGCCAUAGAGGGUAUUGUACAGAGUUAGGAUGAAGAAUGAGAAUAUGGGAAAAUGCAAGAGAAAGGAAGUGUCUAGAUCUAGAUGAAUGGGAGAAGGGUGUGCUUCUUGGCACAAAAAUACAUAAAAUGAAUUUCAAUGAGGGUAGAGUUCGUCAACGGACAUCUUAGAAUACACAGCAGAAAAAAACUACCAUUUGAGACAAGAGUUAGUACAGCUGUCUUGUUCUUGUAUGUGCAAGGAGCCUUCAUAUCGACAUUGUAUCUUCAGAUGGCAUGAACGUGAGAAUGGUUAACGGUCGCGAAGCAGGGGUAUUGAGAUUUUAUAUACACACAUAAACUAUGUAUGCAGUGUUAUAUAUGUCAUCGGCCUACUAUAUAUAGAAUAGAGGAUUUAUCAAAACAAUGUAUUGGUUUCUCAUAUUUAAAGUCAUCAACGCUUGGCGGAAGCAUUUUUGUUGAGUGAUACGAGGAUUGGAUGCUGGGGGAAAGUAUCGAACAUUUCCCUAACGGUUUGCGCAUUUAGAACGAAUUUUUUUUUAGAGAAAGAUUGAAAAAAACGCCGAUUUGAGAUAUUUUCUCUAUAGUUUUUGCCCGGCCAAUGGGAAUCAUGUCACAAAAAGGAAUCAACUCCAAGAACGCAAAAAAGCUUCAGCUGCUGCAGAGUCAGAGAAAGCUACUUAGUCAAGGUGCCGAAGAGACGUCUAAGGGAGGAAAUAAAAUAUCCGUGGGGCAAGAAUCAGAUAUGCGUUCUGCACAAAAAUGGCCACCUAAAGUGGGCCAUGCUAGCUUGUUGAAUGGAAAGUAUUUCAAUAUGUUGAUAAAUGCAUCAGGUGACCAGAUAUUCGCGCACACGUAUGUUAUAGAAGCUAGGUGCAAGGGCUUAAUAUCGAAAAUUUUGACCAAGAAACACAAGAAGAAUGGUGUUUAUAUUUACGAGUCAAAGCAAUAUGAAGCUAGCUUUUUGAAAGAGCUGGUAAAGUAUUUGUAUAGUGACGAGGCAAAUUUCGCGAAUCUGUCCUUGGUGGAAGUGGUUUUUAUGAUUCAAGUGUCAACAGAUCAUAAUAUUCCAAGAUUGAAGCAGAUGUCUAAGAAGCAUCUAGGUCUAUUGCUAACUUUAGAUAAUAUUUAUGACGCCUUAUACUAUUCGCACAGACUAAAUGUGAAGGAGGCGGAGGACGUGUGCAUGAAUUUCGCAGUGAGAAAUCACGAAGCAUUUAUUAUGAACCCUAUUCUAACAGAGAAGCUGAGGGAUGUGGCUUUGCUACAAAAAGAGACCAUCUUGUAUUCUCAGAUGUGCUCCAAUGCGGCAGUGACGAAAGAUACCGAAAUACAGAUUCCACCAAGCACAAUUGUUUCAGAUUUCAAAAACCUAUUUGAAUCUGGAAUUGGAAGCGAUAUAUCUAUUGUCACGGUUGAGGGUGUGAUCCCAUGUCACCGUGCGAUCAUCGCAAAUGCAUCUCCUAUUUUUGCGGACCUUGUCGAUGUAUGUCCCAAGGACCAGCCUUUGACCUUCCCCGACGUCAUUCAGCCGGUACACUCUGAUAUCUGCUAUAUGCUUCUCCGAUAUAUCUAUUAUGGGGGCGUCAACUUCGACUCUAAGGAAGCUACCCAGUUGAUUGUCCUCGCCAAGAAAUUACAAGUUCAGGGAAUCGUCUCUCAUUGUCAGACUUGCAUCCUGGCGAACGUUAACAAAGACACUAUCUCAUAUUCUCUUCAAGUGGCAUUUGAUCCCAUAUUCGAUGACCAACCAGAGUUCCAAGCAGAACUCAAAGAUAUCUGUCAACGUGUCCUCUUCGACAACUUUGACUCCAUCGACUUCAGCCUACUUCAAAACAUGCAUCCUGUCGUAAGUAGCUACCUACUUAUUUCUCUUCAAAGGCACCUAGAAUCUAUCUCUUUCAAGCCUGGACUUCCUUCGCCCAUCAAACUUCCUCCUUCUACCUAUCCGUUCCCCAGUUUUUCCCCUCGUGUCUAUAACAAAACCAGCCAACGACAUAUUACCCCGGUUAAACUCGCUGACAGUUCGGUAUCCCAGGAUGUCGCUAUCGCCGGUGAUGCCGCUCCACCUGAAAGUCCUUCUGCCAAUAGCAAAUCAAGCACUUCAGCAUUUGAAAAGACCCCUCCCAGAGACAGAGGCGUCAGCCUUCAAUUACCGCAGGAACAAGACGAACGAAAAUCAGAACUCAACAACAGAAAUAGCUCUGCCGGCGGCAAAAGGAAACCUAAGGCUACUUAAGUGUGUCGCAUCUACCUCACCCUCCCUCCUACACUUGUAUUCUCUCCGCAGAUCAUUCUAUUUCCUUGUCAAUGUACUUUUUUUCCCCUUCCGUGAGUGGCGGACAUUGAUCCCUCUCAUUACAUAAUAAAAUAAAAAUAAAUUUCUUUACCCGA